AUAUAUAUAUGUAUAUAUGUAGUUUGCAGUCUUUACUCUAUAUACUUUCUAUAGAUUGAUUUUAAUGUAACUUUACGAAAGUCCAACUUUUGGCGGCAUUUCACGUUUAACCUAAUAAAGAUGAUUGUACCAAUUAAAAGAGAUGGAAUGAUAGAAGAUUGGGCCAUUAUAGAUUUGCAAGGUGACUUGAAAUUUGAAAAGGUCGAAAAUUCAGAGGAUCAAUUGGUCGGCGAUCUUCAUUUCACAAAGACUGGAGUACCUAUUUUAAUCAUUGGGAUUCAUGUGUUGCAUGGAAAAGAAGUAACGCUUGAAAAGCCACUGUUUGUGCUGAAAAAGUAUCAUGAAAAUGUAGAAAAUGAUACACUGAGUGAGCAACAUGGCACAGAAACAAAAUACACUGUAAUGGCAAUUGUAAGAAAAAAACUUUUAUUUAGAUCAAGACCGAAACCCAUAGUAACAAAUGUUCCAAAACCAUGUUGAUAUAAACUCGUUUAUGAGAUAAUUGUUUGUACAAAUAAAUCUUUAUUUAAGUAA